UCGCCCUCUUUAACAUUCCUGGAACCCACAGCACCCACCUCGUCCUUCGCUUUUGUUAAGGCCAAAACGGCAAACGCAGUUCUAAGAUUCCAUCAGCCUUUAUAAUAAAGCGACAGGUCGUUGAACACAAAGACCCACUCAAUUAUUGACACGCUAUUUCAUCUUCUGAAAACGACGCCACUGAACGAAAGAGUUGCCACGUAAGCACUGGACCCUCACGCGUGACCUUCACCAUCUCACAAAAAAGACACAGACGUGGAUUCAAAGGCCGCCACCACAGUUCUAACUUGUAAUGAAACAUAUAAUCUCAGAGAUUCAAAGAAUCAGCCAAACAAUACCUUGUAACAAUUUCUACCUCUUUCUGUGAAUGGCCACGGUGGCGCGUGCAAUUCACUGCGAGCUCGGUGCGCAGAAACCUGCCGUUUUGAGGAGAGAGACUCCGGUUUCGGUUCAGGUUCCUGCUCCAAAGAUAAAGCUGGGGGAAACGGAUCAAAACGCGAAGAUUAUAUUGCAGCCAAGGCUGUGUACGCUGAGAUCGUACGGUGAGGAUCGUUUUGCGGUGGUGAAGACCAGAAAGGACGGCGGAGAUGAGGUGUCGCCGUUUUUUGAGACUUUAUCGGAGUAUAUCGAAAGCUCUAAGAAGAGUCACGAUUUCGAGAUCAUUUCUGGUCGGCUAGCCAUGAUUGUGUUUGCUGCAACUGUAGGAACAGAAUUGGUGACUGGAAACUCAGUUUUCAGAAAGAUGGAUUUACAAGGGAUUGCUGAAGCAGGUGGUGUGUGCUUAGGAGCAGUGACCUGCGCUGCAAUUUUCGCUUGGUUCUCCAGUGCUCGCAAUAGAGUAGGCCGUAUCUUCACCACAAGUUGCAAUACAUUCAUUGAUUCACUGAUUGAUGAGAUUGUGGAUGGCCUAUUCUACGAAAGUGAGAUUAGUGAUUGGACUGAUGAUAUCUGAACUCUCUGAAAAAACAUAAACCCAAAUUGUAGUAGCUAUAUAUUAAAAAGGUAGAGAAAGCAUGGCAUCCAUGCGAGGAUUCAGGUUCACCUUUUCAAGAGUGGCAUGAAUAUGUUACUGAAAUUAGCCAUUGCCCCAUGUACACUAUACUAUCAAAACAACUGGUAUCAUCUAAAAUGAUCCCAGUCCAAUGUUUUGUAAAACUAAUUGCCCUAUAUAUAGAUUAAACUGAGAUUAUAGUUUUA